AACGACAAAACCGUCUGUCGAGUCGACCGCAUUCAUCAUUUUCCUGGCGACGAAUCAAAAAGAAAAUUCAGUGCGGUGGCUUGCUGCUUUUUAUCGUGAAAUAACGGUCGAAAUCCGAAGUAAUCGGAUAAAAUCCUGUAGUUAAUUACCUAAAGAAACGAUGGAGUCUGAAAAUGACGUUUCCAUCGAGGAAAAGUCGGCUUCUCGAGAUGCGAGCCCUAGUGGUAGCGCCGUCGGUGGAUCUCCACGCAAGUCUCGUUCUCGAUCUCGUUCCGUGUCACGGGCGGGUAGUCGUUCCGGUGGAAGCCGCAGCCCAAGUGCCGAAGGAUCGGUAAAGUCCCGCUCGAGAUCGCGUUCCCGGAGCAAGAAUGGUUCACGUAGUCCGAGCCCGGCUGAGCCCCGUAAGUCUAGAUCCCGUAGCGGAAGUGCGAACGCAGUAAACGAAAGUGCAGAUUCGGGUCGGCGAUCGAAGACACCAGACGAAAGUCCGAUUAAGAAUGGUGAUCGGUCUCGAAGCGGAUCACCGGUUGAAGGACGAAAAAGCCGUAGCCGCAGUGUUGGCUCCAAUCGGUCAAAACGAUCGCGUUCUGCAAGCGGCGAGAAAGUAGAUGCCAAAUCCAAGUCUCGUUCGAGGUCUGGAUCCCGAUCAAAAAGUCGCUCCCGAUCAAAAUCUGGUAGUCGUUCUAAGUCGGGGUCCCCUGCGCGUGCAAAGUCUGGUUCACGAUCAAAAUCACGUUCACGAUCUGGCUCACGGUCUAAGUCGCGGUCACGUUCGAGAUCCAAGUCCCGUUCGAGGUCCAAAUCUAAAUCACGUUCGAGGUCUGGAUCAAGAUCCAAGUCUAGAUCCCGCUCCCGAUCAAAAUCCAGAUCACGCUCAAGAUCCAAGUCAGGAUCUCGUUCCAGAUCCCGUUCGAAGUCCGGAUCCAGAUCGAAAUCACGAUCGCGAAGCCGCAGCCGUUCGGGUAGCCGAAGUCGCAGUAGGAGUCGUAGCGGCUCGGCACGAUCCCGGUCUCGGUCUAGAUCCAAGUCUGGUAGCCGCAGUCGCAGUCGAUCCAGAAGUUCGCGUCGCAGCCGUAGUAGAAGUCGUAAAUCUGGGUCUAGAUCACGAUCGCGAUCGCGUUCUAGGUCUAGAUCGAAAUCCGGUUCCCGAUCGAAGUCUCGUUCGCGCAGUCGUAGCCGCUCAGGAAGUCGGGCCAGUUCGGCCAAACGCAGCCGAAGUCGUAGUCGCAGCUCAGCAAAAUCACGCAGUCGAUCCCGAUCCAGAUCGAAAUCCGGAAGUCGCUCGGUUUCGCCCGCAGUUAAGAAAAAACGCGGAGUACUCAGCGAUUCCGAGACAGAAGAAGGUGUCGAUCCGAGUCCUAAAAAGCGACCAAAGAUUACCGAUUCAGAUCAUGAAGGGGAAGAGCUGGAAGAGGAGCAAGCCAAGGCAGAGGAUAAAACUGAUCAAAGUCAAGAAGAACCGCAAACCAGUGCGAUUGUCGAUGCCGGAGAUUCAGAAGAUGAAGGAAUUCGUGAGGAUGGAGGCGGUGGUCGUGACUUUGUUAACGACUUUGAGAUGAUGUUGGCUCGCAAGAAAGAAGAGAAGGGGAAACGUCGCAAACGGAAUGAUAUCGACUUGAUCAACGACAACGAUGAUCUGAUUGCGCAGCUAUUGCAGCAAAUGCGUCACGCCGCAGAGGAAGACCGACAGCUUAACAAAGAGAACAAACCGGCUACCAAGAAAAUUGCGAUUCUAAAACAUGCCAUGUCGCAGCUCAUCAAAAAGGACCUUCAGCUAGCGUUUCUGGAGCACAACGUACUCAACGUGCUAACCGAUUGGUUGGCACCGUUACCCAAUAAGUCUCUGCCCUGCCUGCAGAUCCGAGAAUCGAUUUUGAAGCUUCUGUCGGAUUUCCCCUGCAUCGAAAAAUCGUACCUAAAACAAUCGGGUAUCGGUAAGGCUGUGAUGUAUCUUUACAAGCACCCGCGGGAGACCAAGUGGAACCGCGAACGGGCUGGCCGUCUGAUAUCCGAGUGGGCUCGGCCCAUCUUCAACUUGAGUACCGACUUUAAGGCAAUGACUCGCGAGGAACGCCGAGAGCGAGAAAUGAAGCAAAUGCCCAAGAAGCGUAAGUCGGCGCCGGAGCAGCCCAGCCAGGGCAGUUCCACAUCCAAAAAGGGGCUGCCGUUCACCGAAGCGGAUAAGGGAGCCCUCCGACCGGGAGACAAAGGUUGGGUACAGCGAGCACGUGUCCCCAUGCCCUCCGAUAAGGAGUACUUUGUAAGGCCGCAAUCGACCAGCGAUGUCGACAUGAGUAGGAUCACCAAGAAGAAAAUGAAUCGGUACGAGCAACAUCUGAAGAAGUUCAUCGAUGCUAAACGACUGAAGCAAAGUCGACGAGCCGUGGAAAUAUCGAUCGAAGGUCGUAGAAUGGCACUAUAGGUGCCUGUCCUUCUUUUGAUUCAGUUUUGUGUAGGUAAUUUUUAACUACUCUAGUUGAGCAACAAGCCAGGUAUGUACAGUUGAAUUCGCUAUUCUCCUUUAUUGCCCAUAAUUGUAUGCAACUGUCUUAAAAAAUCAUAACAACUACUGGAACUACUGCAAUCAUCGAGAAAAAUUCAGAAAUCCUAAUUUAAAUCGAUUAUUUACUGUUUUGAAUGGACACUCAGAUUCAUUGAAUACAUGGUUUUAUGUUUUCGAACCGGACAAACUCCAUGGUGGAAUACGAAUAAAUGCAAUAAACUAGCAAGUGCUGUUCGUUGAUUGUGUUUUGAAAACAAA